AUGUCAGCGCCAGCAUCACCCCCGCUCGUAGGUGGCGAGCCAGGUGCACCGACAGGCGGACAUCCUCACACCAUCUCGCCCCCCACUCCCGCACCCUCACCUCAACCUUCUGGCCUGUCUCGUCUGGCCACUUCCUCAGCUUCCUCAGCCAGCGCAGCUCUCAUUUCCGCCCUACCCACAGAAGGAGCGACACUUCGCAAGUACAUUUCGCUCAUCUUCCCCUCUCUGAUCAGCAGCGACAGGUUGCAGGUCCUCAGCGAGCUGCUGGCGCUCUGCUCUUUGAGAGAGUUGGCUCAGCUUCAAUCCGACAUCUCACCUCGACUCAAGGUGGAUUUUCUGGGUGCCCUGCCCAUCGAGCUCAGCCUGCACGUGCUAGGAUUCAUCGAUGACCCAAGAACGUUGGCCAGAGCGAGCGCCGUCAGCAGAUUCUGGCGCAGCCUGGUCAAUGAUGAACAUACGUGGAAGGCAAUGUGCUCCAAGUAUGCGUUCAGGUUGCGAAGGACUAGCAUGUCUGCAAGUCAAAGCGCUCCUUUUUUGCACCACCAACCUGCCUUUGGUCUGUCGCCUCUGCACCCUGCUGCCAGCGCUUCCAGACUCGGAUACCCGCGCGGCAUGUCCCGAGCCAGCUUUAGCGACGAGGACGUGGUGGAGGAAGACGCAGUGAUGGAGGAAGAGGACGAGCAUCUGGAUGACGGUCAAAUCCUCUCUUCCCUCUACGAGCGCUAUCGAGCUCGUGGUUUGGAUCCGUCCAACGCUCUGCACGAGCUACGAACCCUUCACGAUCUAUUCCUCGCCAAGCAGGCAGAUGGAAGUAUCGCCGGCGGCACCAACUCGAGCUCAGACGCCCUCGGUGUGGGGCUGGCCAAGGCUGGAAGAGGCAGCCUAGACAUGAGCGAAGCGGACAGAAUGUUUUACCGUCAAUUGGAAGAGAUCGUAGCUGAAGAAUCUCGCGAGCGUUACGGAGAGGAAGUGGUCGAUGGUGCGGAUGAUGACGCGUAUGAACAGCCAAGGUCUCUACAUGCAGGUCCAUCGUCCGAUUCGUCCCGCGUACUCGGCGAGACGAGUAGUCGAACGCCCGAAGCCGGAAAUGCGACCACACCAGGCAAUUGGGGCUGGCUCAGCGCUGGCUCCUUUGCAAAUCUGCCGGGCUCUAGGAUGCUGCCCUCUUGGCCAGCGUCGAGGACACCUAGAGAAGGCUCCGCAGUCACUGCUGGUCUUGGAGCUCUCACCAGUCCAGCUAGGGAUCGGGCAAGCUUGCCACAGGUCGGCGAAUAUGGCACUGCGCCCCCCGAGUCAGCGCACAGACCUGCUGAUGGCUAUGGAGAGGGAGAUGUCGAGAUGAGCGACAAUACGGAAGAGGCAAGUGUCGCUGCUCACGUUGCUCGCUCAUCAGCACGCCGCGAUCGCGACCCCUUGCAUGCAUCGCCAUCCAACACGACCACCUCUGCGCCGCGAAGGCGAUCGGGAGAUGCGCAAGGCAAGCGGAUGAAGAGGCGCAGCGCACCUGGUCAAGCUCAUGCGGCAUCUGCAUCCGACGUCUUCCAAGAUGCAUCUUCCUCCUCUGCCAAGGCAGCGACGCCGAGCUUUGCGCUCGGAAGACCUUCUUGGAUGUCCGGGUCAAAUGCAAAGUCUAAUCGAGCGGCCACAUAUGCGGAAGGCUUGCCGGAAGCUCAGUCGCGCAGCACGCCUUUUAGCUACAAGACGCACUUUAAGCUGGCUUACUUGACGGGUGAGUUUGCAUGAAAUUGCUGGCGGCUGCCAGCAGGCUGAUUCAUUGGACGCUCCCGGCCAUCGCAGAGUCCAAUUGGCGCAAAGGAGGGCGUUUGCUCACUCGGUACACUUCUACGGAAGGCGGUGCAGUGGUCACAUCCCUGGCCGUCGACAAGGAAUGGAUCGUGGUGGGUAUGGCGAAUGCCAAGAUUCACGUCUUCGACGCGCAGACAGGCCUUUACGCGCGGACAUUGAUAGGCCACGAGACUGGCGUCUGGGCCCUCACGCUGGUUUCGAGCACGGGAGGCAGUCAAGCUCGGCUAAGUGAAGGCAACGGCAAGGGAAAGCUAGACGCGGCUAGAUUAGCCCGCGCAGAUGCUGGUGCUGCGAGCGGAGGCGAUCUCGAGCUCGUAGAGCACGAUCUUCGACCAAGCGCAUCUUCAUACGACGACGAGGCGCUGAUGUACGGCGGAAACCUUGACGCGUCGGCAAGGUCGACUUGGAGCUCCACAAGCGAUGCUCCCCUUCGAGCUCCCUCGCUCGUCUCGAGAUCUAGCGCUGCCAAGGCUGUGCCGAGCCGAACGCAGAGCAGCAGUGGUUUGUACACCGUCUCGUCUAACGAUUCUACUUCUGGCGAGGAUGAGACGCUGGAAUGGUUCCACAGAGCUAGGCGGGCGAUGCUGCGCAAAGCUACGAGCAGCUCCAAUCUCAAUCUCGGAGCUGUGGCUGGUGACGGUGCGAAUGCUAGCGCUGCUUCAUCGACACUGCGAGGUGGACCGAUUUCGGCGCCUGCAGCUGCCGCUUCGCUCAACGCAGCAACUGGAUCAGCUCGAGACUUUGCACGAGCGCAAGCAGAAGCGGAAGCUGAUGCGGGUAAUGUCAGAGAUGCUGUCAUGACCGCAUCGUCUGGCGCAGGUGGUGGCAUCCCGACGCACAUUACCGAUCAGCUGGACGCUUCCCACUUUAGCUUCUUUGGCGACUCGGACGCUGGAGAUGCUCCCUCGGCUUGGGCCAACAGCCGGUCUCCGAUGGGCGCCGCUGGCUUCGUUGCACCUUCUGGUGGAAACCAUCGCGCGAGCGGGGGCGGAAGGCCUUUCAGCAAUGCGAAUCCGUGCGGAAGCGUCAAGGGCUACGGCAACAGGGAUGCGCUCGUCGUGACGGGCGGUUGCGACCGGGAUGUUCGUGUGUGGAAUUUGAGGACUGGGUGAGUGUACUUGGCUUGAAAGGACUUGGCUUGCGCCGCGAUGCUGAUUUCAUUCAUGCCAAUAUUAGCGUCUGCGAACACAUCAUGUCUGGACACGGUUCCACCGUCAGAUGUUUGAAGGUGAUAGAAGGUCGGCCACUCGCGGUAUCGGGCUCUAGAGAUAGCACAGUGCGCGUCUGGAACAUCCAAACCGGCAAGCUAGUGCACCAACUGUCCGGGCACCAGCAUUCGGUGCGCUGCGUCGAAGUGGCUGGCAAUAGGAUAGCUAGCGGAAGUUAUGACUGCAUGUGCAGAGUCUGGGACGUCGAUACGGGAGAGUGCAUCAAUGUCCUGAGGGGACAUUUCCACCAGAUUUACGCCAUCGCAUUUGAUGGUGUCAGAGUGGCUACCGGAAGUUUGGACUCGACGGUGCGCAUUUGGAGCGCUUCGACCGGGUAAGUCGUUGCUGUGCGUGCCGCAUUCGAUGUGCAUCGUCUGACGCGCAUCAUCAUCUUCUCGCCCGACCUCUGCCAGCGAGUGCCUUUGCGUUCUGCAAGGCCACACUUCGUUGGUGGGACAGCUGCAAUUGACAGACUCUACGCUGAUCACUGGCGGUUCGGAUGGUCGAGUGAUCGUCUUUUGCUUGGACACAUUCACCACCAAAGCCCGCUUGUGCGCGCACGACAAUUCCGUCACUUGCUUGCAAUUCAACGACCGCUUCAUCGUUACGGGAGGAAAUGAUGGGCGCGUAAAACUGUGGGACUUUGCUACAGGCCAAUACAUCAGAGAGAUGGUGGAGCCUGCGGAAGCGAUUUGGAAAAUGACAUUCAGGAACGAUUGUUGGUGAGUUGCAAGUGAUGGCGAUUGAGUUGAAGCGUGCGACAGGCCAGGUCCCCUCAUACUAUUGCACCGUUUCGCCUUUCCACAGCAUCAUUCUUUGUCGACGCAACGGUCGCACUUCGAUGGAAACCAUCAGCUUCCGACCUCUUUUAGAUUCAUGA